AUGGAACCCACUGCAAUUCGCGCCGCGUUCGCCUACCUGGACAGCGUCAAGCGCACCUAUGCUAACGAUCCCCAGGUGUAUGACCGGUUCCUAGCGCUGAUGGGCUUGUUCAAAGACAGGCAGUGCGUACCCUCUUCCCUCCUCCCUCCUCCCUCCUCCCUCCUCCCUCCUCCCUCCUCCCUCCUCCCUCCUCCCUCCUCCCUCCUCCCUCCUCCCUCCUCCCUCCUCCCUCCUCCCUUCCUCUUUCCCCGCUGGAUAUGGAGGGGGUUGUUGACGCUGUUGUUCAAGGAGAGAAAACAGCUGUUGAUUGGGUUUGAGAGGUUUUUGCCUAGUGGGUGGGGGAUGCGUGGGCCUGCUUCUGAGGGGAACAAGGCGAGGUUGUGA